CAUCUGUCGUCUGUGUCGAAAAAUAGUACUUGCAAAAGGUGGAAACACCACGAAUCUGAGAAGUCAUCUGAGACGGCGACAUCGUGCUGAUUUCUUCGAGAACAUUUCUUCCACGACCUCUGGAGCUUUGUUUGAUUCUCAAGGUAUACACCAAAAUGCACCACUUUCACUUGCAAGAAUUAUGCAUUUUAAAGAGUGCAUGAAAUGUGAGUGUUGUUGCAUUGGCCGCCUUUUGCCACACUGCCUCAUUCAUCCACCCCCUUCACACUGUGUGCAGAGGGGCGCUAGUAUAUGGUUUAUAAAGUUGCAUUUAUAGAUAUGUGAGUAGUUAAAGGUGUGGACACGUGGGAGCACUAGACCUCAUUAUACUUAGACUGACAGACUGAUAGUGAGUGUAUUUAGUGUGUCACUUCUAUGAAUGCAACAUUUAAUUCCAUUGACAUUGUAUCCGACACAUUCAAAGAGUGUAUAUAAUCAAGAUAAUAACUUACACUCAAAAACGACGUGUGAGUGACACCGACCAGCAAGUUUCAAAGUAUAAACAGUAUCUCUUUCUUUUAAACAGGAGGUUAUCUAAUAUAUAAUUUGUACAUAACGUAAUUCCACAUUUUAGUAACAUUAGUGUUAUGUUUUGCCAUGUAACAGAUGUAACAGUGCUAUUACAAAACAAACAAACACUCUUUGAACCGCCUAAACGUGUUUGUACGCAUGCGCUAAAGGAGAUACGACCCAGAAGCUGUGAAGUGUGUUUUACGGCAGUCUCAUACCCUUGUUGUUGUUGUUGCCAUGGUAUCACCUAAACAUUGCCCAUUGUAUGGAGCUGAAGGUUAACACUUGGUAAUGUUUUUGCUGUUUAAUAUUGAUUUGGUGAAGAUAGAUGUUGUCCCGUUUGUGCGGUUGGUGCAGUCCGAGCCGCCAUCUUUAUCGUGUUAAACUAAUCAAUAAAGCACAGCGAGGCCGUGAUUUACAGUGGUUUUACCACAGCGAGGGGCGGUGUUACCAUGGUUAUAGACACGACACGGAGCGGACUACGGCUGCUGCAGUCACACCGCCAUCUUUAGAGGGUUAAUAUCCUUUUCUCUAAACCGACUGGCUCCAUCUCUUCAAUACAGACUGAUAACGACUGUGGUAUAAUCGCCGUAUAGCACCGGAGCCUGACUACUGGAGCGGUAUCACUCCGCUUUGUUUACAAGGCCAGCAUACAAACACCUGCUCGCCUCAUUUUGAGGUUUAAAGACACUCUACCUUGGGCAGCUAAUGGAGCUAACAGCUAACAGUAUGAAUGCAGAGCUGAAGGAGUCUCUACUGUUUGAGCCUGAUGUGAGAACUAUAGAGGAGGUUAUUCUCAAAGAAGAGGAUGAGUCACAAGAUGAGGAAGACUAUGAUUUAACACUAAAUGCAGCUGACCUUUGCAGACAUGCACUGGUGACAGACUUGGAACUGGAUGAACUGGAGGACAGCAGGACCGUAAGUAAGCUCACAAAGAAGCAGACGAUAUGGGCUGUGAACUGCUUCACCGGCUGGAUGGAGACCCAGGGGCUCCAGGUGGUGGACCUGGCUACAGUGGACAAGACUGACCUGAACGGGCUGCUGAGACACUUCUACGGAUCGGUACGAAACAGCAAAGGAGAGCUGUAUGGGAUCCCUAGUUACAUUGCGCUGAGAGCCGGACUGAACCGUUACUUCAAAGAGCCUCCUGUCAGCAGGCCCGUGAGCUUAAUGAGAGAUGCUGAGUUCAUGUCAGCCAACAAGGUGUUCUUGGGAGUGCUCAAGAGAAUCAGGAAGGCCGGUCGAGACAUAACAUCACACCAUCAGGCACUGUCUCCGGAUGAUAUUCGCAUCCUCAGACACUCCCGUGCGAUGGACACCAGCACUCCGAGAGGACUUCUGAGCAAAGUCUGGUUUGAUAUCCAGGUACAUUUCGGCCGCAGAGGGAAGCAGGCCAACAGGAGUCUGAGGCCAGAUUCGUUUGUAAUCAGAAAAGACGAGAGAGGUCUGAGAUACUGCACGCCGUUUUUUCGUCGACGAGACAAGAAAUCACAUUCAGAAGGACAGGUGCUCUAUGUUUGAGAAGCCGGGCAGUGAAUUCUGUCCCAUUACUUCUCUGUUAAAGUACCUGAGCAAGCUCCCAUCCAACGCAACCGCCCUCUACUUGCAGCCCAAGAAGGAAGUCAUUGAUGAGAUGUGGUACAGCCACCUCCCCCUAGGAGUCAAUUACCUGGGCUCAAUGUUGUCUCGCAUGUCUAAAGAAGCUGGCACAUCAGUCAUCUAUACCAAUCACUGCAUCAGAAACACACCCUUUCAACAACUGUGUGACGCUGGGCUGGAGGGAAGGAAAGUUAUUCCAGUCAUUGUACACAGGUCUGAAAGCUCCCUCCAAAGUCACCAGACGCCGCCCGUCGGGAGCUGCAGGCCGUGGAGCGAGAGCAAAUCAGCUGGCCCAGCAGGUUUGGAUUUAAACCAUGAUGAAUUCUUCGAGGAUGUUCCGUUUCUCCAGUCAGCGACAAACACAAACUACGUCCCAGACGCCGUGCUGCCGCCCGGAGAGCCGUGGCUCCAUGGCGGCCCCUCCCGGGCAGUGCUGUCCCUGCCCUCCUGCCUGUGCCUGUGCGGAGACGUUGGAUCUGGGAUGUCUGGUCCUGGAUCUUCUGGCGAUGAGCAGAUGGGAGAGAUCAAAGUGUAUGCCAAGUGUCACCUACAACAGGGCGUCAUGUUUGGGCCGUUUGUAGGAGAAGUGUGCAGAGGACAAAUGCCGAGCAACCUCAAAUACGCCUGGGCUAUCAGAGAUGAUGCUGCUUUUAUCUACGUCGACGCUUCUGAUGAAAGCAAAUCUAACUGGAUGAGGUAUGUAACGUAUACCAGCCGUGAGGAGGGACACAACCUGGUCAUCUUCCAGUUCUACCGCCACAUCUACUACAAGGUUUCCCAGCCCAUCACGGAGGGAGCAGAGCUCAGGGUCUGGAUCGGCAAGGAUUACGCCACCUUGCUGGGCCUUGGUAUGGGUGACAAUGUGAAAUGUGAAAUUGGAGACAAAGAGACAUUCCUGCGCCUUCUGCAAGACAUCCAGUUGGUCACCCUCCCAGAGCCCAGCAGCUCUUCUCUUUGGUCAGACCACAGCCAGUCACAGAGCCCCAUGCUUGUCAUCAGUGACGUGACAACGAUGUCAAACCCGGACGCAGUCGGCGACUUGGGCAUGAUUCCCGGCUCUGCCUUCCCUCCCCUGAUCUCCUUGCCGUCCCCAAGCUCUCAUAUAUUAGAAAAGUACGACUUUAUGCCUGGAAGUGAGAAACUGCUGAGUAACCCAAAUGCCACACAGAACAGCCCGUGGUACUUUUUCGGGUUGGAGCCGGACCCUACGGGUCGGCCUCUAGAUCGGAGCACUGCGGUGUGUAAGCUGUGUGGGGAACAUGUGGGCUGUGGAGGAGGAGGAGCAGCGGAUCUCCAAAACCACCUGACCGGCAAGCACCACAUCAGACCUCCACGUGACAGUAACAAGGAUCGGUGUCUUCCGACAAUAGCUCAGCAACGCCCACAGCCAAUGAUGGUAAACAGCGGCCUGGUCAGUACACUCCCCCAGGUGUCGUCCACUCAUGUGACCAAUGCCAUCGCCAACUUCCUCAUCAUGGAUCUCCUGCCUCCGGCUCUGGUAGAAGGGGACGGCUUCAAACAGCUGAUCCACACCCUCCUGCCCUCCUACAAGGAGCUGCCUUCUACUCGCCAGCUCGGGAACCUCCUCAAAGAACACCACGCCAAAGGCAAGACGAGCCUGGCUCUGCUGCUGAGGAAGAAACGGGCAAGCAGCGAACACGAGGAUAUACCUGACUACACUGCUCCCAUGGAGUUUGAGACCAGGAGACGCGGGCGACCUCCCAGCCAUCGGAGGGAAGUGCCUCACUUUGUCACCGUGAGUGUGGAUGUUUGGUUCCACAACUGGCAGGGCAACACCGAGAGGUACCUCACCCUCUGGGCACAUUACAUAGACUGUAGUUUUAGAUUUCAGAACCUGGCCCUGGCAACCCAAAGACUGACAGAGAGUGGUGGGAAAGACUACAGCCUUCAAGCAGUGGAGGCUCAAGUGAAAGUGAUGGCUCAGGAGUGGGGAAUCUCCCAGCCUAAUCUGGUCCUGCUGGGAGGGGAAGGAAGGAACAAGAUGAGGCCGGGGCCAAAGAAGAGCGUGAAAAGUGGAGAAGCUACGGGAAGCGUCCCUCACCCGAACUCAACGACAUUUCUCGAGAGGGAGGAGCCCGUGUCACUCGAGGAACCGCGUGGCUCGGAGCACGGCCAUUCUAGCGAAGGACUACCGUCCGUGCCGUGUUUCUUCAGCGCCGUGCAAGGCUGCAUAGAGGAAGUGAUGUCACACUCUGUCAUCUCCAAGACCCUCGGCCAAUUCCAGGGUGUUCUCGCGACCCUGUUCUUGCCACACGCUCAAAUCAAAGGCUCGUAUCAGCAGCACCACGCCCAGGGUCUGUUGCAGACCCUGACGAAACAAGAACGGGCGGAGCUGAAGUCGUGGGCUCACAGCCGGCCGACGUGGAAUAAGCUGUACCUUCUGCUGAGCAUGCUCACCAAACACAAAAGCCUUUUCUGUGAUAUGCUAAGAGAGAUUAAAAGCGAGGGCUUGUCUUCGGAAGACGCCGGUUCAGAAACCAGUUCGUCUGGCAGCUGCUACGCAAACUCCACCUCCAACACAUCCUCAACGAGCGUCGCGUCUUUGCGGUCUGAAUGGAGGGUCGUGGAGGAGCUGUGUUUGGUUCUCAGACCCCUGGACGUGGCGUGUCGAACUCUCGCCAAGGAGGCGUUCCCUCGCCUGUCCCUCAUCAAACCCAUUCUCACGGGCCUGCUUUCCCGCCACCUCGUGCCGCGGACGGGAGAUUCAUCAUCCAUCCUGAAGGAGGUGAAGAGGAUGAUGAGGCGGAACUUGGCGAGCUGUUAUGAAAACCCCGUUGUCAACAGGGUUCUGUGUGUGGCGUGUUCCCUCGACCCCCAGUUCCAUGGGCUGGGGUUCAUGGAGGAAAAGGAGCAGACAGCCACUUUUGAUUGGCUGAAGAAAGAGGCUGUGAGGAUUGUGAAGGAGGACAGGAGGAGAAACCAGGGUCCGAAGCAAAGCCAGAGCAAGAGAAGCCCCUCACCUGCGUCGCCAGAGUCCGAGAGCGACCUCCUACGGAGGAGCAAGCGCCUCAAAGAAUCCCGCCCGAUUAACUUCCGAGAGAUGGACUAUGAAGACGAAGAGAGUGACGCGUGGGAGCCUGAUGAGAGCGAGCCGGCAGAUCCAGGCCCUCAGGGCGGACUCUCUGGUAUGGAGUACCUCCUGGGAGACCUGUUCUGCUCCGCCCCCAAGAGCAGGCAGAGCUCCGUGGAGGAGUCCGUAGACAUGGAGAUGUCCGUCUUCAGAGCCGACAAGGGGGCCUCGCUGGGGGUGGAGCCGCUGCAGUGGUGGAGGACGAAGGCGGUGCAGUUCCCACUGUUGGCCACAGUGGCACGGGCCUACCUGGCGGCCCCGGCAGUGGCAGGUAGCGCUGCGCAGAACUUUACGCAGGAAGGAGCGGGAGCCACGUACAGGAAGAGAGCCAACAUACCACCAGAAAGUUUGGACUCCAUCUUGUUUCUGCACCACAACCACAUGCCCACCACUGAGGGCGGGCACGCAGCAGCUAGGAAUGACGACAAGAACAGUGGGAUUGAAAGGAUCCAAUAAACACACAAACCACUUUCAGU